CCAAUUCUUAAAUAACAUUUCACAGCAUAAUGACUACCGACUACGCUGAGCUUGUGGCCAGUCUCACUUCUGAGAAGAUUUUGAGCAAAUGGAGCGAAGUCACCCCAUUGAAGAAGAUUUCUGGUAUUCCUAGAUCUGCUGGAUCUGUCAAAUCCGGCUCAAAUGAGGAAGACUUGUUUCAUGGCCAUGAUGAGGAGCAGAUCAGAUUGAUGGAAGAGUUGUGCAUAGUGUUGGACAACGACGACAAACCUGUAGGUGCUGGAACGAAGAAGCUCUGCCAUAUUAUGGACAACAUUAAUGAAGGUUUGUUGCACAGAGCCUUUUCUGUUUUCCUCUUUAACGAAGACGGUGAGUUGUUGUUACAACAGAGAGCUGACGAAAAGAUCACGUUUCCCGGCAUGUGGACUAACACCUGCUGUUCGCACCCAUUGUGUGUGCCAUCUGAAUUGGGUAUUACUCCUGAGUCGGACUCUGGCGACAUCAACACCUUGACAGCUGCUGUUCUGGGUGCUAAGGUUGCUGCCCAGAGAAAGUUGGACCACGAAUUGGGAAUCCCAUACAGCGACUCCCCACUUGCCAACUUCCAAUACUUGACGAGAAUCCACUACAAGUCUGCCUCCGGUGAUGAAACCUCCAAGUGGGGCGAGCACGAAAUAGACUACAUCUUGAUUCUUAAGGCUAAAAAUGAUAUCACCAUCAAUGCCAACUACAAUGAGGUCAAGGACUACAAGUACGUCAGUGCCGACGAGUUGAAGGUGAUGUUUGAAGACAAGAACUUGGUUUUCACGCCGUGGUUCAAGUUAAUCUGCCAGACGUUCUUGUUCAAGUGGUGGAGCAACCUCGACAGCUUGGACCAGUUUAAGGACGACGAAAUCCACCGUUUGCUCUAAUAUAGACUCUGGAUUAAUACAUGUUAAGAUAG